AUGAAAGUAGAUAUAUACACUAGUGGUGUACUCAUGAGGUAUGGCUCGGAACUCGACAGGGGUCCUCAGGGGCUCUACCUAUCUGUAAUUCGAGCUAACGAUAUCACCUCCAGCCACCGUCUUCCUCCCAUCUCUCUAAAUACAACCCAUAUCCCCAACCGCAAUAACCCAAACAACAACCUAGCAAUGCGCCCAAUACCCAUGCCCAUACACAUACCCUUCAUCACCCGCCUCCGCGCUCUCUUCACCAACCCCUCCCUGCCUAACCCCCCUCCCACCCACACCUCACCCCCCAAAAUCGCCCUCAUCGGCCUCUCCUCCGUCGGCAAACACGCCCUCCUCAACCACCUCACCACCACCCCCAUCAGCUCCUACACCCCCGACAUCACCGUCUCCGCACACGUUCACUUUGCAAGUAACCACCACCUGGGCAUGGAUUUCGUGCUCGUGGAACUUGGUGAAAGUGCCCCUAGGUGGUGGAUUAAGGCCACCACGGGGUUUUAUGUGGAUGCGUGUGCGAUUCUUGUCGUCGUGGAUUAUUUUAAUCCGCUGGAGGUGGGGGAGGUGAGGGGGUGUUUGGAUUUGAUUCUUGGGAUGAAAAAGCGUGGAGAGGGGUAUGUUACUGUUAUGGAGAGGGGGAGGUGGUUGGUUGUGGUUAAUUUUAAGGGGGAGGGGAGGGAUGAGUUGAAAGCGAGGGAAUUGGUUGAGGGGUUGAGGAUGGAUGAGUUGGGGGUAAAUUGGGAAGUUCGCGCUAUUGGGACGGCAACUGGGGAAGGUAUCCCGGAGGUGGUUUCCUGGUUGAGGGAGAAGGUAGUUCCUUCCUCUGUGUGA